GGUUGAAGGGUUUGACCCUCCGGGUUUUAAUGGCUCUGGGUUUGUGCAAGUGCGUACGUAGGCGCGGGGUUUGAAAUGCAGCGGGACUUAGUGAGUUUCCCGCUGUCUCCAGCAGUGCGGGUGAAGCUGGUGUCUGCAGGUUUCCAGAGUGCUGAGGAACUCCUAGAGGCGAAACCCUCCGAACUCAGCAGAGAAGCUGGGAUAUCUAAAGAGGAAGCCUUAGAAACUCUGCAAAUUUUAAGAAGAGAAUGUCUCACAAAUAAACCAAGAAAUGAUAGUACAUCUGAUACUUCAUGCAGGAAGUAUACAGCCCUGGAUCUUCUUGAGCAGGAGCAUACCCAAGGCUUCAUAGUUACCUUCUGUUCAGCACUAGAUAACAUUCUUGGAGGUGGCAUACCCUUAAUGAAAACAACAGAAAUUUGUGGUGCACCAGGUGUUGGAAAAACACAAUUAUGUAUGCAAUUGGCAAUAGAUGUGCAGAUACCAGAAUGUCUUGGAGGAGUGGCAGGGGAAGCUGUUUUCAUUGAUACAGAGGGAAGUUUUAUGGUUGAGAGAGUGGUAGACCUUGCUACUGCCUGCAUUCAACACCUUCAUCUUAUAGCAGGAACACACAGGGAAGAAGAACACCAAAAAGCUUUGGAGGAUUUCACUAUGGAAAAUAUUCUUUCCCAUAUUUACUAUUUUCAUUGUCACGAUUACACAGAGCUACUGGCCCAAGUUUAUCUCCUUCCUGAUUUCCUUUCAGAUCACCCAAAGGUUCGAUUAGUGAUAGUAGAUGGCAUUGCUUUUCCUUUUCGUCAUGACCUUGAUGACCUAUCCCUCCGGACUCGAUUACUAAACGGCCUAGCACAGCAAAUGAUCAGCCUUGCAAAUCAUCAUAGAUUAGCUGUAAUUUUAACCAACCAAAUGACAACAAAGAUUGAUAAAAAUCAGGCUUUGCUGGUUCCUGCUUUAGGGGAGAGUUGGGGUCAUGCUGCUACAAUUAGGCUAAUUUUUCAUUGGGACCAAAAACAAAGGUUGGCAACACUGUACAAAUCACCAAGCCAGAAAGAAUGCACAGUACUGUUUGAAAUCACUUCUCAGGGAUUUAGAGAUGCUGUUGCCACUGCAUGUUCACUGCAAACGGAAGGUUCGUCGAAUUCCCGGAAACGAUCUCGAGAUCCAGAUGAAGAACAGUAACCCCAAAAGUAAUCUCAAAGUUUAUUGAUGUUGUGAAGUUCAUUGUGUACAAAUAGUAUAAUCAUGCCUGGGAUUUGGCUCAGCGGUUUUGCCGCCUGCCUUGCAAACUCAAGGGCUGGAAUUUGAUCCCUGGUACCAAAAAGAAACAAAAAAACCAAAUAGUAUAAUGAUUACUUGAAAAUAUAAAAACAUCGAGGCAUGAACAAAUCAGGAUUAUAUGAAGUUAAUGGAAAAAAUAAGAAAUAGAUUUUCUGAGAAAGGUUUUCUAAAGCAGUUUCUAAAUUUACAUUUUGCUGUGUUUUCAUUUUGAGUCACAUUUAAGAGAGGGGGCUAGAGAUACAACGUAUUCCAGAUGUGUAAAGCUAAUCUCAUGUGGCCAAUCUUAAAUACUAUUCAGACUGGAAAAGUUCUUUGCCAGUUGGCCUAGAUAAUUCUAGGAAUAGAUUUGUUUUUAUAUAUUUUUUCUCUUUAACUGUAGCUUUGUUAAUGCUUUAAAAUAACCUAUUUUUAUUAAGUGAAACCAUGAGUCAGCAUGUUGUAUUUGGUUUUAUGGGUAGAGCCCGAUUUUGUUUGUUUGUUUGUUUGUUUGUUUUUUGGUACUGGGGAUCAAACUCAGGACCUUGUGCUUGCUAAGCAGGUGGCAGAACCACUGAGCUAAAUCCCUGGCCCCUAGGGAUUUAUUGACUGUAACGUAUUUUGAUCAUACUCAUCUUCCUAUUACCAGCCCUUAUACCUACUUCCCCUCUCUUGAUAUUCCCUUCAUGUUGUCUCAUAAUAGUCUCCCAUCAAUUCUCAUUCCUUUUUUUUUUUCUUUGGUACCGGGAAUAAAACUCGGGACCUUGUGCUUGCGAGGCAGGCAGCAGCACCACUGAGCUAAAUUCCCGGCACCCCUCCCAUCUAUUCUUUUGUCAUCUUUUCAGAUUCCAUAUACGUACUAGGGAUCCUUUUUUUUUUUAAGGACUCAAAUUUUAAGAUAACUAAACUGAUUAUUUUUUUUGUCU